AACUCAGAAGCGAUGGGCGAGGAAUAUUGUUUCCCUGCACUCCAUUUUGCAUGGUACAACAGACAUGGCAUGAGAGGUCAUGAAGCCCCGCCCGACGUGCAUCCUUAUGUUGUGGGCAAGGCUGACAACACGCGAAUGAAUUACGGUCAGCUUCUGCCCUACACCUCAAGCGAUAUGCGCAAGUAUCAAGAUAUCUACGUCAAUUUACGGUCGGUUUUUGCGCACGUAUUCGAGUACAUUGGCGAUCAGAUACGGAAGGUCUUGCCAGAUGACUAUGCCGGCCUCCAAAUCGACGCGGAAGUACUGCCUGGAAACGCAUCUUCCGUCGUGCAUCCCUUCUUAUCCCUGGUCAUCAAUUUGAAUGCGACCACUCUCGCUCACAGGGACCACCAAGACAAAACAAUGUGUGUUGUUCUGGCGGUUGGAGAUUAC